UCGCUUUUAUAAACAACCAUCACACAUUAUUUAUUAUCUUUUCCUGUUUCUUCCAUGUAUCAACUUUGGUUUCACCGUCUUUCCUCCUUCCGGCAAAUCACCUCAUUCCUACCAAUGCCCGGCGUUAUUAACCGUUUCGCCGUCAUCUUCGCCGACGCACUUUUAUCACUCUACUUCCGCUACUGCGGCCUCUCAAAAUCCGUCGUCGAUCUCGACGACAACCAAACCACAAUGCAUAUCUGGACCCCCACUAACCGGUACUGUAACAAACCAAACCUCGUCCUUAUUCACGGAUUCGGCGGGAACUCCAAGUGGCAGUUCCUUUUUCAGGUACGUGAGUUAUCACGCGAUUUCAACGUGUACAUUCCAGAUCUUGUAUUCUUCGGUGAAUCAUACUCUCUAAAACCGGACCGUAGCGUUAGGUUCCAAGCGAACUGUGUGUGCAACGGAAUGAAGAAGAUGAAGGUUGAUAAGUUCUCGGUUUACGCAAUAAGUUACGGCGGAUUUGUAGGUUACCGGAUGGCGGAAAUGCAUGAAGAUAUGGUGGAGAAAAUGGUGAUUGUGAGUAGCGGAAUUGUGUGUAAAUAUGAUCGGAAGCUGGAGCAUGUGGAGAAGAUAGGGCGGAGUGUGGUGGAUCUGCUGGUGGCGAAGACGCCGGAGGAUUUGCGGAUGUUGUGUCGGAUUUCGAUUCAUAAGUAUGAUGUUGGCAGGUGGAUUCCGGAUUGUUUUCUUUGGGGAUUUAUUCAUAGUGAAUGUUGCAGAAAGGAGAAAGAAGAAUUGGUGGAGGAAUUGCUCAGGGAGAAACAUGAGGUUGAUGUGCCUAUUCUUGCACAGGAAACGCUUCUAAUAUGGGGUGAAAACGACACGGUCUUUCCUCUUGAUUGGGCAUAUCAGCUACAAAGGCAUUUGGGUGGAAAAUCAAAGUUAGAGAUAAUUAGGAAUGUAGGACAUGCUGUAAAUUUUGAAGCUCCAUAUUCAUUGAAUCGAUACAUCACAUCUUUCGUAUUAGGUUGCGCCUAGUUCAUUAAUUUAGCGUUUGAUACCGUCAUUAUUAUUGAUGCGAGAGUCCAACACCGAAAUCAGAACUAGUGAUUCAACACAAAAGGGGUUGAAACACCUAGCCGAACGAAGGACUAGUGAUUGGGAAGUUAUAACGUAUUGAUCAUUUCUAUAGAGAAAUUGGUUUGUAAUCCAUUAAUUGUUCUACGACGUUACAAGGAGCUCAGAUUUACUAAGGUGCUAUUUGUUUUUGCUUAUAUUAUCUGAAAAGAGCUUAUGUCUGCGGGCGGGCAGACAUAAGCUCUUGAAGACUGUUUGUUUAAAAAAUAAAAGAAGAUCUUAAAAUAGCU